AUGUAUAUUGAAGAUGUUGCUGAGUUUGCACACAUUCUCUUGACUACUACUGAGAUGACAUUUGACUGCGGCUGGCAGCGCAUUCAGAUCCUUUUCUUCUGCCAACUCGCAGCCAUCACUGCAAGCCGCUUCAAGAAAAUUUCUACAACUGGGCCAGUACUGGAUAUCCUGGAGAAACUUUACAGCCUUGGGGUUCUAGAUGGCAAGGGGCAGCAGGAACUGAAACUAAAGGAUGAAAUACUAGAUAAAUGCGUUGAGGAGGCGAGUAUCACAGGCUUUGAUCAAGUUGCCAGGCUGUACCUCCUUGGAUAUGCUGGAGCCAAGGAAUUCAACAGCAGUGUCACUGAUGCCCUCCAAAACGCCAUUCUACAGCAUGCAGAUAUCCGCACCUUCAUCCGACAUUAUGAAGUGGAUGUUGAUGUUGACAUUCAGGGAAUUAUCCGCAAAACAGGUUCUCAAACACCAUUAAUGCGAUUUGCAUGCUCGUUGAGCGCCUCAAUUGACCUGAAUCGACCAUAUAAGCUCUCUCCUGAAGAAUUUAAAUCUUUUAAUUGGCUCCCUGUGGUUCGUGCACGGCAGGACACAGUAAAUAAACGCAAGCGGACAUGGGAUGACUACAAAGCCAAGUUAGACAGUAAUCUAGAACAGUAUCAGAAUGAGCAACCUGUGAUCGACCUUGAAUGUCAACUGGCAGGAAAGCUGGUGGAUACCAAGGCAAUGGGGGCUUUGGAGCACAAGGGUCUUAUGCCUCCGCAGCAUCUAAUGGUGAUUGACACCACCUUGAGCAUGCCGGGUGCCACCCUUGAAGCAGAGUAUCAGCGUUGGAUCAACGCGAUUAAUGCGAUGACUGCAUUCUGCCCUGUGGAAGAGGGGCGGCCCACACCUCAGGCCAGCCAAUCUCACUGCCGGCCUGCACCUGACAAUGAUGAACCCUGUCCUCCUGCCAAACGGCAACAGCAUUUCUCAGAGGAUGAGACUGAGAUUACCCUGCGCCAAGCAAUGGAAUCUGUAUGGAUCAAGUUUCCAGAAGAGCGACCUAAGCUCUGCUUUCUUUGUCUGGGGAACGCUAAUCUCCUGCUAAAGAAUUGGAUUGUGGAACAUGCAACACCCGGUUCAAUCACCAGGCAUUUUCUACAAAAACAUGUCAAUCCUCCUUGGCAAACCAAAGGGGUUGAGUGUAAUAUCUGUGGGGUGAAGCUGCUUAAACAGAAAGUUCACCUUUUAAAUCACACAGAGGUGUCAUGA